AUUACUAUCGUCUCGUGACGGAAUCAAGGGCGAAAAAGAAAAGCUGCAGUCCUGAGUGGUGCGGAUGGAUCAAUGCUGAUUUUCGUGCUGACAAAGUGCCUCUCGUUUUUACCUUAGCCUCAACGCUCUCCCCCAAAUCUUAUCUCACUUCUCCAAGCUCAGGUCAGGUCACUUCUACUGUCUGUACAGUAUGUAAAUGCUUGAUGCUAUGCUGAGCUAUGCUGAGCUAUGCUGAGCUAUUUGAUCAAUGGCUUAUGUUAUUUUGCGCCUUGUUUGCUCAUAACCUUCUCUCUCAAGCUUGGCAUUCGACAGGGGACCCCGAAAAAGAAGCUUUUGCGCUUUUCGUCCCCCCUCCAGGGUUUUGGCUUGGCCGUUAUGAGUAUGAGUGAGCAUCCGUCUCUCUCCCCCCCAGCCCAGCCAGCGUAUUUGCAGUCGGAAAUGCAGGACAAAGUGGGUGCCGUAAAAUCCGUCCCCAACGCCGCCGGGAAUUACAAUUGCCUAGACGGGCCAACUUGUCAUGUCAAACGGCCUUUUUUUUUUUUUUCUUUGCGUCUCUUUGCCAUGCCUCAUGCCAUGCUAGCUAGUGUCAGAACUGGGGGAGGGCGGAACUUUUGACCAAUUAAUUGCAGCGGUUUCCGACGAAGAAGACAAAAUAAAAUAAAAUAAAAUAAAAUAAAACCCAAAAAAAUGAUGACACUUAGAAAUAAAAGCCUAAACCCGUUAGUUUACAGUGGAANGGGGGGGGGGGGGGGGAGGAGACG